AUGGCCGAUGGAGCAUCGAAACUGGGUAUACUCGGAACAGUGAGGAUACCAGUGCGAGUGUAUAAUACUAGGUUUGAAUUCGAGAUGACGGUAGCGAACAUGGAUAGCAUGGACAGAAUAUGGGGAAUGGAUUUUCUUGCUGAAUUUAGAUGUGACUUUAAGAUGAGUACUGAAACUUUCGUAUUCAAUGGGACGGAAUAUCCCAUGAUAACUCAAAAGCAUAGCAUUCUUCCCCAUUCUGUGAGGCUACAAUAUGAGACAAAGAUAGCACCUGGGUCCGAACUGAUCACCAAGGCGUGUUUGAACAGACCUUUUCGUUCCAAGGAGGAUGUGUCAUUUGAACCCAGUGUGUACUUUAUCCAGAAGAGUGGAGUACUUCCAGCACGAUCAUUAACGACCCAGGGGAGGAAGAGGCGAUCUACAGUUGUUCAAUUAUUCAAUGCAACGGAUGAGGAAAUUGUAAUUCCCAAGGACAGCAUAGUGGGAUAUGCAUUUCCAGGUUGUGUAUCUGAGGAUACGGAAGUCGAGUCCAAACAGAUCUUUCAUGCGAGCAAUGAAAGUCCCAUCACAAAUGAUGACGAGUUGCUGGAGAAACUCGAAGAUAAUAUGCCACAGCAUCUGUCAGAACUUUAUCAUAAAUCGAGUACGGACCUGGAUGUGCCUCAGAGGAUAAAACUUGCAUCGUUGCUGAUCGAAUUUCAGGACACUUUUUCCAAGUCACCAUCAGAUAUUGGCAAGACAUCGCUUGUGGGAGAUGAGAUUAAUACGGGUGAAGCUAAACCGUUUCGACUCCCUCUUAGACGCCAGGGAUUCAAAAAGGAACAAAUAAUCAAGGAAGCUGUAAAGGAUGGACUUGCAUGGGGAAUCAUGGAGGAGUCAAGUAGUCCAUGGGCAAGUGCCCCUGUCAUCGUUGGCAAAAAGGAUGGAACUAGUAGGUUCUGCAUUGAUUUUCGGCGCUUGAACUCAGUGACAAAGGUCGAUAACUACCCCCACCAAAGUUCGAUGACUGUGUGGAUUCAUUACAUGGGAGCACACUCUUUUGUUCGCUAG